AUGGCCCAAAUUCCCCUCACCACCGCUUACCUUCUCGGGUUGGUGUUGGAGACUCUAAGUUAUGGCAUGUACAUCGUGUUAUUCCUUUUCUCCAUGUAUUUCUUGGUAGGCGAUGGGAGCCGGAAGCGCAGGGGCUCUAGGAUGGCCAAGUCGAUGCUUUUCAUUAUUAUUGGCAACGUCAUUCUCUUCGCCACUAUCACUGCUGGAUGGAUCAUCGUCAAUAUCAGGAGCUUCACAGGCUUCAUUGGUCAUAGCGGCGAUUCUAACUGGACACUUAUGUACUUCGCCUCAUUUUCCGGAGGAACAACUGUUGCUAUCGUAGCUUUAUAUCUAGUCGAAACAGCCGUGGCAGACUCCAUAAUGGUGUAUCGGCUGUGGAUAGUGUGGCAACACAAGCGGUCGAUUAUGGCGUUACCUGGCUGCACGUAUCUCGCCACCCUAGUCGGUGGAGCGAAUGUUAUCUACCGUAUGCGCAAGCUGACUCCUAACGAAGACUUCUUUGAGUCUCCCUGUGCGUUGACGAGGUACCAGCACGAAUAUAUACUGCUCGGGAUUAUUGUCGUACAAGAUCUGGAUAGCUUCGGUGGGUAUCACUUGGCCAUCCAGGUUCUUAACUUGACAAGUGUAUUGCAGAGAAGCGUGGCUGUAUUUGUUGAGAGCGCUUUACUGCUCACCACCUCAAGUGCAGUGCUCGCGAUCACCUACUUCACUCACUCGUUCGCAUUGUUCCCCUGCAUGGGUAUUGCUGCCCCACUCAUUGGCUUCGCCUACUGCCUCAUUAUUGUCCGUUUCGGCUUACGCGGUGCUUUCAAAGCAGACAGUCCAACCCUGUCCUCCAAAAAAAUUCCUCCGCUGCAGCCCUCGUACUCAAAUCCUGUUGCAAAAUCGGCAGCUAUCGACGCGAUGCACGAAUCGGAGACCGUCAUGAUGGGCGGCAUCGAGCCUGAUGCUGCGAAGACUUCCCAGACGGACGCAGUACUAGAAUGGCUCCAGACUUAUUCCCCCAGUCACGUUUGA